AUGCAUCAGAUACUCUUCUUAUCUGCUCUUACUGUCUCAGCAAUUUUGAAUUUUGUAGGACUCGUUGUAAAUCUGUUUAUCGUAGUGGUCAACUACAGGACUUGGGUCCAAAGCCACAGAAUCUCCUCUUCUAAUAGGAUCCUGUUCAGCUUGGGCGUCACCAGAUUUAUUAUGCUAGGACUGUUUCUCCUGAACAUUAUCUACCUGUUCACCUCUCCACAUGUCGAAAGGUCAGUCCACCUAUCCACUUUUUUCCUGUUGUGUUGGAUGUUUUUGGAGUCUACUAGUCUCUGGCUUGUAACCUUGCUCAAUGCCUUGUACUGCGUGAAGAUUACUGACUUCCAACACUCAGUAUUCCUCCUGCUGAAACGAAAGCUGUCCCCAAAGAUCCCCAGGCUGCUGCUGGCCUGCGUGCUGAUCUCUGCCUUCUCCACUCUCCUGUAUGUUGUGCUCACACAGACAUCACCCUUUCCUGAGUUUCUGACUGGGAGCAAUGGUACAGUAUGUGACAUCAAUAAGAGCAUCUUGUCUUUGGUGACCUCCUUGGUCCUGAGCUCCUUUCUCCAGUUCAUCAUGAAUGUGACUUCCGCUUCCUUGUUAAUACAUUCCUUGAGGAGACAUAUACAGAAGAUGCAGAAAAACGCCACUGAUUUUUGGAAUCCCCAGACUGAAGCUCAUAUGGGUGCUAUGAAGCUAAUGAUCUAUUUCCUCAUCCUCUACAUUCCAUAUUCACUUGCUACCCUGCUACAGUAUCUCCCUUCCGUACGGAUGGAUUUGGGAGCCACAUCCAUCUGUAUGAUUAUUUCCACCUUUUAUCCUCCAGGACAUUCUGUUCUCAUUAUUCUCACACAUCCUAAACUGAAAACAAAAGCAAAGAAGAUUCUUUGUUUCAACAUAUGGUGGAAUUUCAGUAGUAAAUAG